GCGGGCGCGCGGGGGGGGCUCAGCGCCGCGCCGGCACCCUCUGCUCUGCCCCGCCGGCCGCGGCAGCGCCCUGUAAUACCGGCGGCACUGCUCCUCAUCCCCCUCCCCCCACUUUCCCCCCCCCUUCAGUUUGGUAUUUUGCAGCCCGCUCCGCCAGCGCGCUGGGAACAGGCUCUCUUCCAUUUACUUGAUUCGCAGGUUUGUUUAUUUGUUUGGGGGUUUUUUUCCCUUUUUUUUUUUUUCGCUAACCGGCUCACUCCACCAUCGAAUUUAAAUAAUUGUAUCAACUUGCUGGCGUUUUUUUCUUUCUUUUUUUUUAAUUAUUAUUAUUACUGGUGUUUUUCACUGGCGCCUCCCGUGCGUUUUUUCGAUUGCAGGUGGUCCUUGCAGUCCGGUUUUUAACUGCAUUUUGUCUGCAGAUCUUCCCUUUGUUUGCACACAUCCCCUUUUUAUUUUUUAAUUUUUUUUUUCUUCAUCGUUGUUGUUCGUUGUUAAAGUCACUCUUUUUUGGGGGGCGCUGUAUUUAAACACUUAAAAUGCACUGCUAUCUCCUGAGCGUGUUUCUCACCGUGGAUCUGGCCACCGUGGCUCUCAGCCUGUCUACCUGCAGCACCCUCGACAUGGAUCAGUUUAUGCGCAAGAGGAUCGAAGCGAUCCGGGGGCAGAUCUUGAGCAAACUGAAGCUCACUAGUCCCCCGGACGAGUACCCCGAGCCCGAGGAGGUGCCCCCGGAGGUCAUCUCCAUCUACAACAGCACCAGGGACCUGCUGCAAGAGAAAGCCAACCACAGAGCCGCCACUUGUGAAAGGGAGAGGAGCGACGAGGAGUAUUAUGCCAAAGAAGUUUACAAAAUAGACAUGCAGCCUUUUUACCCUGAAAAUGCCAUACCACCAAGCUACUACAGCCUUUACUUCCGAAUUGUCAGAUUUGACGUCUCGGCGAUGGAGAAGAAUGCCUCCAACUUGGUGAAGGCUGAGUUCAGGGUCUUCCGCCUGCAGAACUCGAAGGCACGGGUCUCAGAGCAGAGGAUAGAGCUGUACCAGGUUCUAAAAUCUAAAGAAUUAUCAUCGCCAGGACAGCGCUACAUUGACAGCAAAGUAGUUAAAACAAGAGCUGAAGGAGAAUGGUUGUCUUUUGAUGUCACUGAGGCUGUACAUGAGUGGCUCCAUCACAGAGACAGGAAUCUUGGAUUUAAGAUAAGCUUACAUUGUCCAUGCUGCACCUUCGUGCCUUCCAAUAAUUAUAUCAUCCCAAAUAAAAGUGAGGAGCUUGAAGCAAGAUUUGCAGGUAUUGAUGACUACACAUAUUCCAGUGGUGAUGUGAAAGCUUUAAAGUCCAAUAGGAAAAAAUACAGUGGGAAGACCCCACAUCUUCUGCUAAUGUUAUUACCCUCCUACAGACUUGAGUCGCAACAGCCCAGUCGGCGGAAGAAGCGUGCUCUAGAUGCUGCCUAUUGUUUUAGGAACGUGCAGGAUAAUUGCUGUCUGCGUCCACUUUAUAUUGACUUCAAGAGGGAUCUUGGCUGGAAAUGGAUUCAUGAACCUAAAGGAUAUCAUGCUAAUUUCUGUGCAGGAGCCUGCCCCUAUUUAUGGAGCUCAGAUACUCAGCACAGCAGAGUACUCAGCUUGUACAACACCAUCAAUCCAGAAGCUUCUGCCUCUCCAUGCUGCGUGUCCCAGGAUUUGGAACCCCUCACCAUCCUCUACUACAUUGGCAAAACACCCAAAAUUGAACAGCUGUCCAACAUGAUCGUAAAGUCUUGCAAGUGCAGCUAAAGGAUAUCCCUGAAACAGCAUGACGUGUGUGUAUUAAAAAAAAUAACCAAGGAAAAAAAAGGAAAGAGAGAGCAAGAAGGAAAGAAAGGAAAAUGAAAACCGAGGUUCAUCAGUGUUAAAAGAAUUUUAAAAAAAGAAGAAAAAAAAAAGCGGUACUAGUCUGAACUGUUUGAAAGUUUGUUUUGUGUUUUUUUUUAAACUGGCAUCUGAAGCAAAACAUUGAAGACCUUUAUCCAACAUUUCACCUACACAUAGUGAGAUAGACAAGAAGCAAAGUUAAAGAGAAAAAAAAACCUUUUAAAAAAUAAACACUGGAAGAAAUUUGUUAGUGUUACUAUGUGAAAGGAAAAAAACAGGAAAAUCCCAUGAAGUGGAGUUGCUGUAUCUGUCCCGUGCCUUACUUGAUCUCUCUGUAUUGUUACGCAAUAGGCAUCCUACCCAUUCCUCUUAGUUGUAGAGUUAACGGUGCGUUAUUUAUUUGUGUGUAAAAACUAUCAAAUGAACAUUUCCGUAUCGCCAUUGGAAAAAAGAAAACCAGCCAGUGUGGACAAAGUGGAGACCAAAUAAGCUGCCAGAAAUAUAUAUAGAGCCUAAAGGAACACAAGCUCAAAAGAAUCAGAAAAGUAAUGGUUAGCUUAAUUUGAUUAAAAUAGAAAUCAGUUACUACAUUAUUGAGAAACUCUGCCUUUAAAAUACCUUAUUUUUCAUACCAGCUGCCUAGGGAGGCUUCUUGUAAGGUCUCAAACCCUUGUUUUAAAUACUGAAUAAUUUACUAAUAAAGGACACUCUGUUUCAGUCUGAAAGACAAGUCUAUAAGAUUUUUUUUUUUUUUACUGUAAAAGAUUUAAAAUGUCAGUUUAGUAAACCAGUGAAAUAUUUAAAGUGUACUGGUCUAAUCUUCAGACCUUAAUAUGUUGCUGUAUAGCUAUGCUAUGGGAUUUUUUUUGUUCUUUUGGUAUAUGUUAACCAUACCUAGAGUAUUACAAUAGGUGGGUAGUAAAAGCCAGCUUAAUUGGAAACAUAUCUGUAGAUCUCUAUUUGUAAACUAUUAAAAAAUUAAGUACUUUAUGUGUAAUGUGUAAAUUUUCACCAUAUUUUUGUACUCUAAUACUGUCAGCUCUCAUGAGUUUGAAUUUGAAUUUGGGGCUCUUUUUGAUCACUCAGAAUCAUGUGUUUCCCUCUAGCUGGCCAGUAUGAGUAGAGUCCCUAUAUUUUGACUUGCACUACAAAUACAUGUUUUAUAAUAAUUGCUAUACAUGUGCUUUGUAUAUUGUUCAUCAUUAUGACAUAAGCUACCUGACUCCAUUUGUUUUUCUGUUCCAUAUAAAAGGAUGGAUUAAAGCGAUCUCUCCCCCCACCCCACCCCCGUCCUCCCCUUCCUCCUCGGUUGUCCCCCUUCGGAGUGCUCAGAUCGUGAUGCGGUUCGCAACCCUAGACCUUCUCAUUUCCUUUUGGCUUAUAGACAUUCAAACAGAUGGGCAGGGAGCGAGGUAUUGCAAGAAGAGGUGUCCCAGCCUGGCAGAGGCGAGGCAAACCCUUGCAGAGAAUGACAUUCACCACUGUGCAGAAGGCUGGUAGGAAGCGCCAGCACCCACGGCGGCGGCGGUGUCCCGGGCAGGAGCGGAGUGUGGGCUGAGGCCACGCAGCGGCCUGGCCCCCAUGCGACAGGGACUUUCCCCCACGUCUAGGCCAUGGCACCCCUCCUACAGGCCGCAGGGUUUUGCUGUCAGCUUACAGCAGAACGGCAGCCCAUCUAGGCUUUUGGGGGUUGUGUAAGGAUUUUCAGGAUCAGACCCUUGAUUUUUGCAAGUUUGCAAUUUUUCUUUUUUUUCCCAAUUGAGUUCACAUUAAAACUUCUUUUCAAAAAAAGAGAAGGAAAAAUGAACAUGAGGUUCAUAGGAUUUUCUUCUUGUUACAUGUUUAAAUAUUGUAGAGGGAGUAAAGAAACCAAAAAUAAUUACACAUUACAUACUUCAUUCCAAAAAAAGCCUGAACCAAAAUUAGCAAAAAAAAAAAUCAUUAAGAAGGUGCAUUCAGUCCAUUUCACAUGGUGAAUGGUUUUGCACAGUAAAGCUGGAAAACUGAUAUAGAAACGUACUCCUUGAACGAGAAGGACGUUUUCCGUGCUGGGAAGAUGCUCCUGAGCUUGGUGUUGUCAGCUCCAGUUGUAAAAAGUGCAAUUUCUUUGGCUUCAGCAGAACACUGGUGCAAAACCAAAGUACCACAGCGGCUUGCACACGUGGCUCCUCAGGACUUGGGUCGAGCCUGUGCUCGUUGCCUAAAUGGAAACGUAGCCCCACAGAUGAUCUAAUCCCACCCAUUGACUCAGCGCAGAGGAGGAGGUAUGUUAGACUUCUGAUUUAUUUAGUGAGUUGAGAUGAACAAGUGAAAACUCUGUCCUGCUAACACUUGCUUGAGCCAGACUUAUUCCAGUGAGAAGAUGCACUGAACUCAGUGAAACUCCUCAGGGUAUUAAAUACUCUGGAUUUUGCUGUAUACAGCAGCAAAGUUAGUUUUAUCAGGUUCAGUAUGAGAACUGUAUUUUUGUUGGACAGGAAAGGAGACAAGGAUGAACACAUUUUAUGAAACUUAAAAACGGGGUUUUCUUGCAUUUUUCUGCUAUGGGAAUGCAGAUCAAACCCAGUUUGAAGCUCUGAAAAAGUGGAAUACGACAUAGCAUAGUUGUCCAACUAUACUCACUAUGCGCUGGACGCAGCUGAAAAUUUUCAGUUUGAGUUUGCAGUUUUUCUGUAAGUCGUUACCCCAAGGUCAAAUACUUUUCAAUAUUUUUUUUCCUCAAAAAUGCACUGAUAGUAAUUGAAAUACUCUAUUAUAUAAAGCUCCUACAAUUUUUAAUUUUUUUUUUUUUUUUUUUUAGUUUAUUAGGCAUGUAUUUCCCUUUUAUUACCAAGGAUGUUAGGCCUGAUCCUACAAUGUGCAGAACUCAUGGGUGAAAUUCCCCUCUACAGAGUGGGGUAAUGUGAGUCCUAAGCACCACUCAGGUCUGAUGUAAAUCCCCCUCAUGUGAUGUUUAGGUGGGUCUGCAGCAGUUCAAGGACUUUGUGCCAGAGGCCUUAUUGUGAUGAGGAUUAUAAUAGCCACUGUCUGAGCACAGUCCCAGAGAACUGGUGGGAAAUGUUGAGCACCUUGAAAGACCAGACCCAAAGGGUUGACUGCGACUGAGGGGAAAUCUUAGCACUUACCUAGGUGGAGUAGGACAACAUUCUUUGUGUGUUUAGCAUCAAUACAAUUGUAUGGUUGGCAUGGUUUAAAGGAGAAUUUUAAAAAGGAACUUAAAGGACAGCUGUAUUGUACUUUGGUGAUCGAUUACUCUGUAUUUUAACACAUUGUAUGUCUGUUUUUGUGGUGCUCUAGUGGUAAAUAAAUUAUUUCAAUUCUAUUA